UCUACAAUCUGCGGUCUUCAGUCGUCUGUGGCCUUGCUUAGUCAACGGUUGUGUUGUCGCGUACCGCUCCGCCCGAUUUUGCCGCCUGCACCUGUACCGCCCUCGCCGCUCGUCCCGCUUUUUGUUAGUGUGUUUGGCUGAGCUGAACGACCGACUGCACAUGUAAGUAGAUUCUUUCCAGUGGGAACAGAGUAAAUCUAAAGAUACCGAGAUGUCGUGGCUGGUGGUGCUGCUGAUCCUGUACGUGAUCUGGGAUGUCAACUACUUCAUCCGCUGCGUGUUCACGGUGUUCGCGGGUCGGCUGUUCCAGCGGAAGCGCAAGGUGACGGACACCACGACGAUCUACGGGCUGUGCACAUCGCAGGACGUGGACAUCUUCAUCCGGCACAUGAACAAUGCGCGGUACCUGCGCGAGCUGGACUUCGCCCGCUUCCACUUCUACGCGCUGACGGGCCUGUACGAGCGGAUCCGCGAGCGCCGCGGCGGAGCGGUCCAGGGAGCCAGCAGCGUGCGCUACCGCCGCACCAUCCCCAUCUUCCACCCGUACAAGAUCCAGACCAAGCUGGUCUGGUGGGACGACAAGGCCAUCUACCUGGAGCAACAGUUCGUCACCCUCUCCGACGGCUUUGUGCGGGCGGUGGCCAUGUCCAAGCAGAACAUCACCAACUGCAACGUGCUGGAGGUGCUGAAGACCUAUCCGGAGACCGCCCAGCGACCGGAGAAGCCCGAGGAACUCAAGCUCUGGCUGGACGCCAUCGAAUUGUCCAGCCAGAAGCUGCGCAAGGACAAGUGAGCUUGUGGAGAUCUGGGAUAACUCUUACUCUUGCCUCACUGUCUUAGACAUGUAAUCUCCUUCUUUUUUUUUUGAGUGCACUUUGAAGAAAUAUCAGUACACCAGUACACCUGUUUUUUUCACAACUUAAGUCAAAAGCCACAUUAAAGCGCAGACAUCAUAAACUAUUAUGUUUUGUAAAUGCUAUAUAUUUUUUAUAUAAAUAAUAAUAUCAAUACAUUUGUAACAUAAAUAAUUCAAAAAAAUUCACUGUUUGCAUACACGUAUAUAAGAAGUUCGUUAACAAUAUAAUAUUUUUUGUAAUGAUAUGUUUGUUCACAGUGUUUUAGUUAUAAUAUAUAAUUUGUGUAAUAAUAUUUCUUAAAUGGAAUGGCCGAAGCUUUUUAAAUAUAGUUUUUUUACAAAUUAAA